GUGUAGACGUGACUCGGUUGGUCAUUGAUGAAUGAUGGAGCAGGUAGAUAGGUUCUUUGCUGUUUUUAUGAAGACGGCGUAGUAGAAGCAACUAAUUUAAUUUCUCGUUAUGUUGAAGUUUUGAAUUAACUCUAAAUUUUUAAGUGACUGUCUAUAAAUAGACUGUGGCAGUAGAACCAAGGGACUGGCUAAUCCUGAAGGCUUCAUGUACAGUCUGAUGGCUAACUGCUUUGCUUGCAUCAAAAAACACCAGGAGCCGACAAAGAAGGUGACCCUGGUGCUAAUUGGGCUUGACAAUGCUGGCAAGACAACAGCCAUCAAAGCGGUAAAAGGAGAAGCCAACACUGAAGAACCACCGACAGUUGGCUUUUCAAGUGUUGAAUUUACAUUUGAAAAGAAGUAUGAGGUUACUGUAUAUGAUCUUGGAGGUGAGAAGAGGAUCAGAGACAUUUGGAAGGAUUAUUACGCUGAAGUACAUGGUGUUGUGUUUGUUCUAGAUGCAAGUGAUGAAGACAGGAUUGACGAAUGCAGGCUGGCACUCAGGGAAACAUUAGAACAUAAGAAAAUUUGUGGCAAGAGGAUUUUAGUUUUAGCAAAUAAGCAUGACAAUGAUGGUGCUUUGGAUGAAGUUGAUGUGUGCGAACGGUUAGAUCUUGAGGACAUGGUAAAUGACAGCAAAUGUCCCUGCAGAGUUGAAACAUGUGCAGCUAUCGAGGGAUUUGGAAAGAAGAUGGACAAGUCUAUCUUCCAGGGUUUCCAGUGGUUGCUCUCUGGAAUGUCUGAUGAUUGGGAAAAAUUAAGUGAAAGAGUUGACAAAGACUUUGCAGAGCAAAGGGAAGCAGAGCAAAAAUAUAAGAAAGAACGAAUGGAACAAAUUAGGAAGCAAAAGGAAGAAAGACUGAAGAGAGAGAAAGAAGAAAGGGAACGAAAUGGUGAGGUAGAGUCAUCAGAAGAAGAAGUUAUUGAUGGUGAUCCGUUCAAGAAAGUUGACAAUAACUAUUUUGAGGAAAAGAAAACGAAAAAGGCUAAGAAGAAAAAGAAGAUUGGUAAAGAAAACCAUGAAGUUGAUGAGGAACCAGUUAAGAAAACUAAAGCAAAGUCACCACGGUUAAAAGAGGAAAGUGAUGAAUCACAAGAAACACAAAGGACUAAAAGUAAUGGAAAUAUUGUGGUGACUAAAAAAACAAAGAAAAAAUCUCCCAGAGGAGUAGAAAACAAAGCAUUUGAUGCUGAAGACAAUGUAAAAAAACAUAAUGAUGUAAAUAAAAAGAGUUCCGCAGCAUGGGAGUUGGAUUCAGAAUCAGAACCAGAGAUUGUGGUCACUAAAAAGAAAAAAAAGAAAACAAAGAAGACAGUAGUGGAUGAUAAUGAGAAUGAAGAUGAUGUUGAAUUAAGUGCAAGAAAGCAAAAAGGUUUAAAUGCCAGCAGAUCAAGUCAAUUGGAAUUAUCACAAGAUGAAGAUGAAUCAAUUGUGAAAAAGAAGAAGAAAAAGAAAAAGUUCAAAAAGAACAACAAAACAGCACCAAUGCCAGUGGAAAGCAUUGAUGAAGUCAAUGCACCAGGCCUUCCAAAUCCAUUGGGCUCACCAUCAUGGGCAAAUCCUGCUGGACAGAGGAACAUCUUCAUCAAAGCUUCCAAACAACCAUCACUGGAACCUUUAAUGGAAGGAAAUGCACAAAAACUUAGUCCCAUCUCAAAUCCCAAGCUAGAGCCAAUUAAAUCAAGUUCGAGUCAUAACUGGAGUCUAGAGCUACCUGAAAUACCGACCAGGAGAAAACCAAACACAGAUGACGAUGACAUUGUUGUGUAGGUCCAAUCCAGUAAUGUUUCAUCUCAUAAGCUGGCUGUAAUUCAGACAGUGUAUGACUCUUCCACCUAUCUGGUCAUGUGAUUAUGUUUUGUGAUAGCAAAUAUUUGCAGAUAUUGUGAAUUUUGCUUAACCAAAGAUUAUUUUUAAAACUUAUUUAUUUGCAGAAAAUUUUAAAAUCACAUUCAAUAGGUAAAUGUCAUAGUUACACAAAGUGUUAUGUAGCAUGUUAACAAAAUGUAUGUUUUUUUUUCAAUCUUAUUUUGAUAGUAAGAUUUGGUUUUUUUAUGAAGGAACCAAUUGAUUUCCAUGUUUAUGUUUUAUUUGUGUAUAUUCAAAAAUAUUUUUAUAUAUUUAUUUGUUGUAAAUAGGAAUACAAAGCUGUUUCUAAAAUAGUCUUAAAUAUAUACUGACUGUGUUGAGUUAAAUAACUUGAACAAUACUAUAUUUCUGCAAUGUGGAGUAACUUGGAGGCUAAGAUGAUCGCCUUCCAUUAGCAGGGUCCAGGGUUCAAAUUCUGUAACACUAGACUUUACCCAUUAAAACUAAAAGCAACUCCACCCUGUUUGCCACCCUCAGGAUAAUUGUGGUUUUUUCUUAGGGAGGGGGGGAUUUUACAUAUGACACCACAGACAGUAUAUUUUUUAAGUGCAUUAAUCAAUCAUUAUUAUUAAGAGACUAAAAUUAAAUAUAUGCAAUUGCUAAAAAUGUAUAUUAAAUCAUUCAUUAAUUUCAUUCCAACAAAUUUUAAUGUUUAAAUUGAGGCUUUCAAUAUUAUUUAUUUGUAAAUGAAAUGGUUAUGUCUGUUAACAGAGUAUACUUAAUAUAAAAGAUUAUUAACACCACAAUUCUUUAAAAAAAUUCUUUAAAAAAUAUGAGAAAACCAAAUCAUACACAUUAAAAAUAAUGCAAGGGGCUAAAACCUGCUAUUGGUUUAGAAUACACGUACAGUAAACUGUCAAAAAUAUCAGUAACUUAGAAUUCAUUCAGAAAUCCUCAGAAAUACACAAAUCUAAUGUAUUCUAAAGCAUGUACUAUGAAAUUCAUAAAUAAUUAUAAUAGUUCAGUAAUUAUAUAGCACUUAAUGUAAACCACCUUGAGUCAAACAAUAUUUAAUAAUUAAUGAAUUUAAUAUAUUAAUAAUUAUAAAUUGCUGAUAACAGAUACCUUGAGAUUAUUACUUCAAAUGUAUUUCAUAAAUACAAUAUAUAAAUGUAUGCAUUUUACGUUUUAAAUAAUUAUUUAAGCAAAACAUAAAUGAGUAUAAUGUUUUGUGAUCUGCUAUGCAUGUACUUUAAGUAGUGUUAUACAUUUAGUGCUAAAGUUAAGUUAAAGAAUCUACUGAGGCACUGUAUACUUAACUAAAAUUCAUGAAUUUGAUGUUGCAAAUUAAGAAGCAAACAAAAAAAUACCAUCAUUUUGAUAGGUUUAUGAGUGUUAUGGCUAGGUUAAAUAAUAAUUACAUGUUCAUUGUCUGUUAAAAAGAGAGCAGGCCCUUUUUAAUAGGUGCGUCUUUAGUUAUUUUUUUCAAGAUGGCCAACAUGUCCUUUCUCUGAGAUUCUAUAAUGCUGCUUUCCCCAAAGUAAUUCAAAUUUCAUUUCAUUGUUUGAUGAACUAUAUAUUUUUUUUGUACUUCUGGGUUACAUUUUUUGUCAUAUUCAAAAACUAACUAAAAAGAAGGGAAAAGAAUCAUGUAAUAUUUGUUAUUUUGCUUUAGAUGUUAUUGUAUGUUAAUGUAAAAUCAUUGCAGACAUUUUUAAAAAUGUUUCUUACAAAUGUUAGACAGUGUAUCCUGUUAAUGUGAAAGGAUGUGCAUCCAAAAUUAAGAGUGAUGAUCAGAGAGAAAUUAGACAGUAAGUCCCAGUGGCGGAUUCAAGGGAGCCUAGCCAGAGAAAAAAAGAAAAUUACAUUCAAAUUUUAAGAGAGAGAGUGCCAUUGCCGGCCUUUUAGAGGUGACAUAAUCGUAAAUUUUCUUACUCAGCCCCAAGCAUGGUGAGGGUCUGAGGUGGUAUAGACCCUCCAUCUGUCAAAGUCCCUCCCUGGGGCCCCCUUUAUUUAAAAUUCUUGGAUCCGCUACUGAGUCCUGUAGUUGAUGUUUGAGGAGUGUCCCCUUUAAAAAAAAAAUGUAGGACGGCAGGUAAACAUGAAUUAGUGUGGGGUGUGUGUUCCAAUGUAGAGAUGUCAAAUUGUAAGAGAGACUUUGUUCUGUUAAUAGGAUCUUAAUACAUAUUAGCAGUUUAGGAAUAGAGAAUAUAGUUUCCUAUGAUAAAGUGCAAUGGUGCUAAAUUUUAUAAGACAAUAUUACAUAAAAUAAAUACAUAUUUUGCAACUUGAGUGUUGUAAUAAUAUUAAAGAUUCUAUAUUAUUGAAUCUUUAUGGAUAAAAUCAAUAAGACAUUGUGUAUGAACUGCAUAAAAUAUUUUAGAUGAUGAAUUCAUUUUUGUUUUUAAGAUUAUUGCUUGCUAAUUGUAUGCCACUGGUUUAUACGUAGCAUGAGAAUUGGAAUAAAAAACAAUAUGAAAGAAACUA